AUGGUGUCAUUCUACCGCACUGCCCUCAUUGCGGCUACGGCUUUUCAAGGUGCUCAGGCUUGGGGCGUUUUGGGCCACGCCACUGUCGCUUACAUUGCGCAAAACUACCUGACCAACGAAACCACCGUGUGGGCUCAAGAUGUUCUCGGAGACAGUUCCGAUUCGUACCUUGCCAGUAUCGCCUCUUGGGCUGACCAAUACCGCUCCACCACCGCCGGCAAGUGGUCUGCUCCUCUGCACUUUAUCGACGCCGAGGACAACCCGCCGGCAUCCUGCAACGUCGACUACGAGCGCGACUGCGGCAGCAAGGGCUGUUCCAUCUCCGCCAUUGCAAACUACACGCAGCGCGUCGGCGACGCCCGCCUGAGCGCCGCCAACGUCAACGAGGCGCUCAAGUUCCUCGUCCACUUCCUGGGCGACGUCACGCAGCCGCUGCACGACGAGGCGUACGAGGUCGGCGGCAACGACAUCAAAGUCACUUUUGAUGGCUACUCGGACAAUCUGCAUGCCGACUGGGACACGUAUAUUCCGCAGAAAAAGGUGGGCGGUUCCAAGCUCACGGACGCGCAGUCCUGGGCCAGCGCCCUCAUCGCCGAGAUUGAGUCGGGCGCGCUCAAGGGCCAGGCCGCUGGCUGGAUCUCCGGUGACAACGUCGCGGACCCCAUUGCCUCGGCGACACGGUGGGUGUCGGACGCCAACGCCUAUGUGUGCUCGGUCGUCAUGCCCGGCGGCGCAUCGGCCCUCCAGCAGGGCGACCUUUACCCAGACUACUACAACUCGGUCAUUGGCACAGUCGAGCUGCAAAUUGCAAAGGGCGGCUACCGUCUCGGAAACUGGCUGAAUAGCAUAUAUAGCAGCAAGAUUGCGAAGCGCAGUGUUGAUGCGCCUUUGCCGGACCUAUCUGGUCGCGAUCUGCUGCCCGCUGACCGUCCGUUGAGCCGCGCAAAACUCGCCAGGGAGGCCAUGGGCGAGUCGUGCUGCACUCACAAUCACUAA